ACAAGCUGGGAAUGAAGGAGUCUAAAAGCAUCUCUAUUGAUGUGAAAUAUGGUCCAAAGCUUCCCUCUCUGUCAGUGAGUCCAUCUGCUGAGAUAGAGGAGGGCAGUUCAGUGACUCUGAGCUGUAGCAGUGAUGCUAACCCAGCAGCUAACUAUACCUGGUACAAGGAGGAUGGAAACCUCAAACCUCUCAGUGAAGAUCCACAGCUCGUCUUCAGCUCCAUCCAGUCCUCUGACUCUGGACAGUAUCAGUGCAGAGCUCAGAACAAGCUGGGAAUGAAGGAGUCUAAAAGCAUCUCUAUUGAUGUGAAAUAUGGUCCAAAGCUCCCCUCUGUGUCAGUGAGUCCCUCUGCUGAGAUAGAGGAGGGCAGUUCAGUGACUCUGAGCUGUAGCAGUGAUGCUAACCCAGCAGCUAACUAUACCUGGUACAAGGAGGAUGGAAACCUCAAACCUCUCAGUGAAGAUCCACAGCUCGUCUUCAGCUCCAUCCAGUCCUCUGACUCUGGACAGUAUCAGUGCAGAGCUCAGAACAAGCUGGGAAUGAAGGAGUCUAAAAGCAUCUCUAUUGAUGUGAAAUAUGGUCCAAAGCUUCCCUCUGUGUCAGUGAGUCCCUCUGCUGAGAUAGAGGAGGGCAGUUCGGUGACUCUGACCUGUAGCAGUGAUGCUAACCCAGCAGCUAACUAUACCUGGUACAAGGAGAAGCAACAACUACUUCAGGGAACAGAAGGGAGUUAUCACUUCACCUCCAUCAGCUCUGAGGACAGAGGGAUCUACUACUGCAAGUCUGAGAAUCAACAUGGACACAUCAUGUCAUCGUCUCUCUCAGUAGAUGUCCAGUAUGGUCCAAAGCUCCCCUCUGUGUCAGUGAGUCCCUCUGCUGAGAUAGAGGAGGGCAGUUCAGUGACUCUGAGCUGUAGCAGUGAUGCUAACCCAGCAGCUAACUAUACCUGGUACAAGGAGGAUGAAGACUCACCAAAAGCAUCAGGACAGAUCUUCACCAUCACUGACUUCAGAUCUGAACACCAUCGGAAUUAUUACUGUGAAGCUCAGAACAGCAGAGGACGUCAUGACUCCACCUUACACCUGACUGUUGGGGCAGGGAAUUCAAGAAUAAUAAUGACUAUCAUCAGGUCGACUCUGGUGGUCUUGCUGCUGAUUUAUGUGAUUCUCCUGAAUCUGUGGACGAGGAAGAAGAAAGCUCUGAGCUCCACCACUGAAGCACAUGAUCCUGUAGAGAUAGAGUUGGACUCUUGUCCUGAGUAUAAGAACGUCUCAGAUACUGCAGCACAGACAGAAGACACAGAGGAGCAGGAAGACCUGGUGUGAAGUCCAGUCAGUUGCUGUUGAACCAGAGGCGGGACUCACCUGAUGGAAACAAAGUAGGACUUUGAAACAUCAGUGUGGAGAGCGAGGAUGUGCCGGAUGUGGGGGAAGAUAAAACAUUUACCUUCAACUCCCAGAAGUUGUUCCAAAUGUAGAAAUGCACUGAAACCACCGCCAGCUGUGACUUAGCAGCAUAUUUACAAUACUUAUGUUCCUGUAUUUGUAAUCAGCACAAUACUGUUUAGGAUACAACAUGAAAAUGUAUGUAUGUAUUCAGUAGUGAUAAAAAACAGUGGAAUAUUCUAUAAUAAUAUAAGAAACCGUUGUGUUUAA